AAAUAACAGAAGACAAAGAAAGGGACGCGUGUCUUUGGGGAGAUGAUAUCAACAGCGAGUGAAUCUCCCCCACCGAGCCUGUAGUUAAUGUUAUGGACUGUACUUUGCGUUAGCUCCCUGGCUAGUCCAAGACUGCCAGCUGCAGGCUGCCGCGUCUCCGGAGGAACGUGCGAUGACUUACAGCGAUUUCUAUGGAUGAACAUCUAUUAAUGACACUUAAUACGUUGUCAUGGACAACGUGAAAGCGCGCAGCAAUGAUGAGGAUGAAGAGCUACACUCUACAGACCAAGAGAGUAAAGAGAAGAGCAAAGAUAAAAAGACCCCGCGUAAAGUAAAGUGGUCCCGAGAUGAGGAUGAAAAGCUGAAAAAAAAUGUAGAGCAGCAUGGACCUGACUCCUGGAAACUAAUAGCAAACUUUUUCCAAGGGAGGACAGAUGGUCAAUGUCAGCACCGCUGGCAGAAGGUGCUCAACCCAGAGCUGGUGAAAGGACCAUGGACAAAAGAAGAGGAUCAAAAGGUUAUUGACCUGGUACACAAGUACGGCCCGAAGCGUUGGUCAGUGAUCGCCAAGCACCUCCAAGGGAGGAUUGGAAAGCAGUGCCGUGAGCGGUGGCACAACCACCUUAACCCAGAGGUGAAGAAGUCUUCAUGGACUCAGGAAGAGGACAAAAUCAUCUACGACGCUCACAAACGACUUGGCAACCGCUGGGCUGAGAUCUCCAAGCUUCUUCCGGGACGGACAGACAACUCCAUCAAGAACCAUUGGAACUCCACCAUGAGGAGAAAGGUGGAGCACGAGGGAUACCUACAAGAUGGCUGCAAGAGUUUCACCUCCUCUCAUGCUGGACUGAAGAGACGUCACCACAGGCCGUGUCCUCCAACACCAACAGAGCUCCAGCACUGUGACCGCAGUCCACUGCCGACAUCAGGACACAACCAGAUGGGGAGCUAUCCUUAUGAUCCUCACAGUCGACUCUUGAUGGACAGUCUCCCUGAUCAUUCUGGCUUCAUAUCGCCGUUCUGCCUGGAUGAUCCUGACAGAGAGCAAAGAAUUAAGGAGCUUGAGCUGCUGCUUAUGUCAGCAGAGAAUGAAGUCCAACGACAAGUGCAGUGCAGAGGUCCACGUAGUUCGGAGCAGUACUCGGCCUGGUCCGACAGCGUGUCAGAUGACACACUGACUACAAGUAGCAGCAGCAUAGAGGAGCAGGCGGAGAGAAGAUCCUGGAGGGGGCCUGAGAUCCCCCAAGAACCUUCGCCACAGCUUCCUGUCUCCCCCAGCAAGUUCCUGGCUGCAGAGGCCUGCGCUGUGCUCUCGACCCUGCAGACCAUACCAGAGUUUGCAGAAACCAUGGAGCUCAUUGAUUCGAUGUGUUUUGCUCUGCAGGACCCCGGUGCAUGGAGCGACGUGGCCAGUUUCGACAUGUCAGAGACGGCGACGCCGCCCCGGCACAACCAGGCAGGCUAUAGCACUCUCCUGCAAGACAGGACGGUUGACAAUUCAAUGGCCUUCGUAGUCAACACUCCGCCUGCCGUCUCUGGUCGGGAUAAGAACUGCGCUUCAUUCGGUCUGGGCAGUGUCACCUCCUUGACUCCGCACAACUCAUCCAAACCCACCCAGGCAUCCAUUGGGAGGAGGAGGAGGAGAGAUAGGGGGGAGCCGUCUCCUUCAUGUGACAGGACAUGCUCUUCCUUCUUGGAAAAUAUCACAAAUUCUCCCAAGAAAACGCCCACAAAGUCACUGCCAUUCACCCCGUCACGAUUCUGCAACAUAUCAGGGGCGGAGCAUCUGAAUCUGGAUAACCUCACCUCAACACCUGUGUGUGGCCAAAGAUGUCUCCUCAACACGCCGCUUCACAAUGAGACCACACCUAAGCACCAGAAAGAGAAUGAUGGUCCACGGACCCCUAAAUUUCGUAAAACCGUCAUGAUUCCAACCCCGAGGACACCGACUCCUUUUAAAAAUGCUUUGGCUGCCCAGGAGAAAAUGCAUGGGCCACUGAAGAUGGAGCUACAGCCGUUGGCAUUCCUAGAAGAAGACAUUCGGGAAGUUUUGAAGCAGGAGACCGGGUCAGACAUCUUUAGCAGACUGGACGUCCAGCCAGAUUACAGAGCAUGGAAACAUAAUAACGACGGACCAGCUAGAAAGGUGCGCAAGUCACUUGUGCUGGACCCCUGGGGGAAAGACGGCCCCAGCGUCCAACUCUUCCAAGAGCAGCUCAACAACGCACAAGUGCCAGAUGGAAGUAUACUGACGGGCUCUUCGCUCGUCAACCAAAUCCCCGAGUGCGGCCGUCCGUUGACCGCUCGUCCGUUGACCUCUGGGCGAGAGGAGCCCUCACUGGUCCCCGUUCAUCCUCAUCGCUUUAGUAGCCCCCGGAAGAAGAAGCUUCUCGUCUGCCACAAAGCACCAAGACACGGCGCGGUGCAGGUGAGUGAGUGGGAAGCAGUGGUUUAUGGGAAGACAGAGGACCAGCUGAUCAUGACAGAACAGGCCCGUCAGUACCUGAACCCCUACACGUCGUCGGGCUCUACCUCAAGGGCCCUGGUGCUUUAAAGCCGCCCCCUCGCGGCACAUGCAACACAACUCCACCCGUCCAACGACGCAAACCUCCACUGAAUGAGACAAUCCAGUGAAGACACAUUAUUUUAUUUCUCUUCGGAGCAGCUAUGCACUGCCAAGGAGGUCCGACAAAAUGCAUGGCUGCCGGUAUUGUUUUCAACCCAUUUAUACUUCACUGCCCAAGUAGUUUCUUGUUUCUCGCGUUGGUGUGUACUUUCCUUUGAAGACACAAAACCUGGACGACGUCGGCUGUUUUGUACAGAUGUGAAAAGGCUAGAGUUUGUUGAAACAACCUGCACAUACAGUAGGCUGUAGAAAUAGUGUUUAUUACUAGCAGUGGCUGCUUCUGAGUUUUAUAUUGUUAAUAUAUUUUUUACAUUAGAAAGACAUUUUAUAACGUAACGCUACUCAUUGUGUAGCUUGUUGAGCUAAACUUCCCCAUUGCUGUUAAAAACCACGUACAUGCAUAUUAUGUAGCUUUUUAUUGACACCCGUGUAUUUUUAAAAUCACACCAUGUAUUUUUAUCUCAACUGCUACAGUACAGGAUAUAAUGUUAACCAUUGUUUUACAAUUAGAGAGACAGAGAUACAGUUACGUGUUUGUUUUUUUAGACAGCGGUGUUACAUUGCUGAACGCCGAUCGGUGGUGAUGUGAAGUUUUUGAGGACGGAAAAAAAGAAACUGUCAGUAUUGCACUACUGAGUUGAUUUGGCUGCUGAGGAAGGAGCAGCGUCUUUAAGGGCAAACUGGAUGGCACUUGUGAUGGUGUCUUUUUCUAACGACGCGUUUCCCUUCCAAGGCGAUGGUGUCUGUUGAGACAUCGGUUGAAUGUAUUUCAUUGCAAUGUACAUGUGUAAAAACCUCGAAAUGGAACGGUACCUUAAUGUUUGUUUCUGUUUGUUUUUAUUUAUUAUCUGACAUCUCUAAAGCUUAGAUAUUAAUAUAAAUCGGACACUAUGAGUUUUUAAGAAAGUUUAACUUUGCUAACAAAACAGCCUAGCAGAAAAUGAACCAGUUUUCAUAUCAUCAGUGUUCUACGACAAGCAUUUGGCUGAGAAGGAUUGACUUUUCAUGUGAAGGCUGUAGGUUUUAUUUAUUUAAUGUCUACUAAUUUAUUUAUUUCUAAAAAGAAAGAAAAAAACAUUUCAGAGAAAUUUUAAAGGAAUUUUAUUUUAUUAUUUUUAAAUUCAAAAUCAGGAUUGGGCUACCAUUCAGUUUCAUUACUCCAAGUUAGAAGAACAUGCACUGCCUCUAAUUCAGUACAUCAGUUUAUUUCCCUCACCAGGCGAGAUCUAGCAAAUAAUCAUCGUGUUAUAUUUGUGGUCUUGUAACAUAUAGCUAGCACAUUUUCUUCCUUUGAUUCAAACGUGUUCUUCGCUAUUAGCUAGCAGGACUCCAUCUCCGACCUCUAAUCAUAGACAAAUUGCACUUUUUACUCAUCAUUUAAUUUCAAGUGUUUGUUCAUUCUGAUGAUGUAGCUCUUGUCCUUAUUUUAUUUUCAUGUUGGCCGUGUGUGUGUGUGUGUUAGACAGUUGUCUUCCCGUUUCUAAUGAAUGCUGACAUUACAAUCCUGCUGCUGGAUGAUCUUUUCUCCUGUUCUGCUGCAGAACGUUGUGCUUAAACACGCUGAACACAUUGAAGCCUUACGAAAAACCUUUUUAGACCGAUGGCUCUUAGCUAAAAUACUGCUGACACGGGCUCUUGAGCAAGACCCCAAACCUGCUCCUCCUUUAUUUGACACUGCGCAAGAAUAAAGGGCUUAUAAAUUGAAAUGUUAAUGCACAAAUUAUGGUCUGAUUCUGAAGAAAGGUGCUGCACUGUGCUUCCAUGUUAACAGGAUGAUUCAUGUCACCCUGAAACAAACCGUCUAUAAUCUGGUGGAGCAUCACGGCAGAAUGGUCUUCUUCGUAUUAUCGGCAUUAGCAGAUCCAGUAUCAGUUAUAAUCUGGAUUAUCCUGCAUUAAGCAUUUGAGUGAGAAUAAGAAGGGAAUCUUGUCAAGGAGAUCAAGUGGAAAGAUCAGGAGUAUACAGUACAACUCUAAAACAGAAAACUAACAGCCACACAAAACUGUUUUUUAAUCUGGUGGUUGAGAUGUGUCUAAUCUCUAUAUAAUUGUGUUAAAUGUUCUCUUUGUUGGUUUGACUUGUGUUUGUACAUUCCAUUUGUUAAAUUUAAGUUAAUAUGUUUGUAUGUUAACAACAUUUGGCCAUGUAACAUCAAUUAAGUACACAUACAGGAUAGUAGCAGCUCCUAUAUAAUACUGUAGUUAUGCAUGUGCAACACAAAAUAUGCUGAAUUUGGCUUUAAUCGAAGAGGUGAAUCAAACUAUGAUGUAACACACACUCUGUAUUUCUGUAGAAUUUACAUUUGAAAUCAUAACCACGGUACCAUAGAAAUCCUGCCAACUGUCUUUGUAAUCAUGUACUUAAUUUGAACAGAAAUAAAUGAAUAUGUUGCAUGACAUCUGUGGCA